UUAGACCUUCACGUCGUCGUCGCUCUCUCUCUCUCCCUCUCUCCCUCUCCCUUCGCCAUGUCCUCAUCAAAACCCACCUCCUCUUCCUCCUCCUCCCACCUCCCCUAACCCUAGCUCUCCCAACCCCCUCUCCUCUCAUCUCCUCCCCGCCAUGGCGGUCCCCGCCGCGCCGUGGCUCCUCCUCCCCUUCCUCCUCCUCGCCCCGUCCCUCGCGGCCGCGGCGGUCUCGGAGGCCGACGCGCUCAUCGCCUUCAAAUCCACCCUCUCCGGCGCCGGCGCCGGCGCCUCCGCCGCGCUCGCCAACUGGGUCCCGGGCACGAGCCCUUGCAGCGGCAACAGAACCCUGUGGAGGGGGGUGCUCUGCGACGAGGGGGGCCGCGUCCUGGGGCUCCAGCUCGAGAACAUGUCCCUCUCGGGAGCGCUCACCCUCGACCCCCUCGUCGACCUCCCCGCGCUCCGCACCCUGAGCUUCAAGAACAACAGCUUCGCGGGCCCGAUCCCCGACCUGGCCAAACUGGGGGCGCUCAAGAUGAUCUACCUCUCGCGGAAUCGCUUCUCGGGCCCGAUCGCCGACGAGUUGUUCGACAAAAUGCGGAGCCUGAGGAAGGUGCACCUCUCGCACAACGCCUUCUCCGGGCCCAUCCCCUCGUCCGUGGCGGGGCUCUCGGAGCUAGGGCUGGACGACAACGCCUUCGAGGGGGCGAUCCCGGAUUUGGAGCAAAAGGGGCUCACUUUCGUGAAUUUGUCCCACAAUCAAUUGGAGGGGCCGAUUCCGAAGGGCCUCAGUAGGUUUAAUGCAAGCAUGUUUGAAGGCAACAAAAAUCUUUGUGGCCGGCCGCUCGAUGUGUCCUGCGAUAUUACACAAUCACAAUCGCCACGGUCACCAGCGAAGAAGAAGAUAUCGCCCACCUUGCUAGUGGUAAUCAUUGUAAUAGGCGUCUUGGCACUACUAUCAAUUGUAGGGUUAUUCGUGUUCAUACUCAGCAGCCGCCGCCGCCGCCAACUCGACGAAGCCAAUUUGGUUCACCUCCAAUCCGCCGAAACCAAAAAGUUCGACGCCCCAGAGGCCAACAAGGUCGAUCGGGGGGCAGCAGAGUACCGCGGGGGUGCCGCGAAGAAGGCCCAUAAGGAAGAUCAUGGAAAGUUGUCAUUUGUCAGGGAGGGGAGCCAGAGCUUUGGGAUUGAGGAUUUGCUUAGGGCUUCAGCUGAAGUUCUCGGGAGUGGAAAUUUCGGGUCUUCCUACAAGGCCACCUUAUUCGAUGGCCCGUCGGUAGUCGUGAAGAGGUUUAGGGAGAUGAACGGGGUUGGUAGAGAGGAUUUCCAAGAACAUAUGAGGAGGCUCGGGAGAUUGUCUCACCCUAAUUUGUUACCUUUAGUGGCCUACUUGUAUAGAAAGGAGGAGAAGCUUUUGAUUACCGAUUAUAUUCCGAAUGGGAGCUUGGCGCAUAUGCUACAUGGCAAUCGCGGCUCGAACCUCCCACCGCUCGAUUGGCCGGCGCGGCUUAAAGUGAUCAAAGGCGUGGCAAGAGGCCUCGCGUACCUCUACGAGGAACUCCCAAUGCUAACUGUGCCACACGGCCACCUCAAGUCCUCGAACGUCCUUCUCGACGAUUCCUUCGAGCCCAUUUUAACCGACUACGCCCUUUUGCCGGUCAUGAACCGAUCCCACGCUUCCCAAGUCAUGGUGGCUUUCAAAUCUCCCGAAUGCGCCCAACAUGGAAAACCAUCUAAAAAGAGCGAUAUAUGGAGCUUCGGCAUUCUCAUACUUGAGAUAUUAACUGGCAAGUUCCCCGCCAAUUAUUUGAGACAAGGAAAUGCAGGUACCGAUCUCGCGAGCUGGGUUAACUCCGUCGUAAGAGAGGAGUGGACCGGUGAAGUGUUUGAUACUGCGAUGAAGGGGACUAAGAAUGGUGAGGGGGAGAUGCUAAAGCUUUUGCAGAUCGGGCUCGGUUGUUGCGAGGCCGAUGUCGAGAGGAGGUGGGAGUUGGGUGUCGUGCUUAACAAGAUCGAAGAGCUGCGAGAAAGGGAGAGCGAUGGUGAGAAUUCGUCGUUCGACGGAGAGGGAGGGUAUUCGUCUAAAGGAAUGACCGAAGAUGACUUCUCUUUCUCGACAAAUAAUUGAGGAAAUUUCGGCGAGAUUCAGGUUCGGAGGAUAAAUGGUGGGGUAAUUUUUCAUCUAUAUUGAUUGGGGUAUGUAAAGUAAUAAAUUUGUUGGAGGGAAAAACAAAAAAAAAAAAAAGAAAAAGAAAAAGAAAAAGAAAAUUUGAGGGGUUGGAAAUAGGAUGUAAAACUAAAUUCUCUUUUUUUUGCAAGCAUGUUCUGCUUUUACUUCAUUUUGUUGUUAGAAUAAAGAGAAAAAUGAGUGUAGGGGGAGCAAAAUGAAUCAAAUAGCUGUAAUAAUCCCUAAGAUAUAUGCACUAGCUCAAUAAUUCUUAUAUGAUGAUUUAUUUAUUAAAAAGAAAA